CUGGCCAUGGUGCAGGGCGCGCUGGAGCUGCGCACCAAGGUGGUGGAGGACGUGCUGACGCCGCUGGCCGACUGCUUCAUGCUCCGUGCUGAUGCCGUGUUGGACUUCGCUACCGUCUCCGAGAUCCUCCGCUCCGGCUACACGCGCAUCCCUGUCUACGAGGGUGACCGGCGAGACAACAUUGUUGACCUGCUCUUCGUCAAGGACCUGGCCUUCGUGGACCCCGAUGACUGCACCCCCUUGCAGACUGUCACCCGCUUCUACCGCCGCCCGCUCCACUGCGUCUUCAACGACACGCGCCUCGACACGCUGCUCGAGGAGUUCAAGAAGGGAAAGUCCCACCUGGCCAUUGUGCAGCGGGUGAACAACGAAGGGGAAGGAGACCCGUUCUACGAGGUGAUGGGCAUUGUCACCCUGGAGGAUGUCAUUGAGGAGAUCAUCAAGUCCGAGAUCCUGGAUGAGACGGACCUGUACACAAACAAUCGGAAGAAGGAGCGGGUGCCCCACCGGGGACGCAAGCCCCAGGACUUCUCCAUCUUCAGGCUCUCAGACAGUGAGAUGAAGGUGAAGAUCUCCCCGCAGCUCCUUCUAGCUACCCACCGGUUCAUGGCAACAGAAGUAGAGCCUUUCAAGUCCCCCUACCUCUCUGAGAAGAUCCUGCUGCGGCUCCUGAAACACCCCAGUGUCAUCCAGGAGCUCAAGUACGACCGCAAGAACAAGAAGGCAGCAGAGCAUUACCUGUACCAGCGCAACCGCCCUGUCGACUACUUUGUCCUCAUCCUACAGGGGAAAGUGGAGGUGGAGGUUGGCAAGGAAGGGCUGCGGUUUGAAAAUGGGGCAUUCACCUACUAUGGUGUCCCUGCCAUCAUGGCUGUUGUUUCCUCAGAUAAUGACAUGCGAAAAGUGGGCAGCCUGGCUGGAUCCUCCUUCCUAUUGAACAGGUCACCGUCACGGUGCAGUGGGCUCAACCGCUCCGAGUCCCCCAACCGGGAGCACAACGACUACGGGGGCAGCACCACGCAGCUCCACAGCAGCAGCAACAACAUCUACACACCUGACUACUCUGUGCACAUCCUCUGCGACGUGCAGUUUGUCAAGGUCACCCGGCAACAGUACCACAACGCGCUGGUAGCCAGCCGCAUGGACAGCUCACCCCAGUCCCCUGACAUGGAGGCCUUUGACAGGGAUUCAACCAAGGCCUCGACUACAAGAGGAACCCCACAGACACCCAAGGAAGAUGCCACCACCCUCCUGAAUGAGAGGAACAGUGAAUUUGGCAGCCGCUCUGAGGGGCCGCACAGUCCCAGCGAGUCGGUGUUCCUGCGCAUGGAGGGUAUCCCCUUCAUCCAGGAGGAGCUGGCUGACAAUGAGGAGAACAGCAAGCGGCAGAGUGAUGAGUGCUGCGGCACCAUCCUGGAGGCAGAGUCCCCGGGCAGAGAGGCUGGGACCAGCUCAUCACCAAGCAGCUCCGAGGAGACACUGGGCAAGAGGCUGCUGAGAUCCCUCAGUGGGCGCAAGCAGCAGCCAUCACCAGAGAGUGAGAAGAUGCCAGAGGAGAGCUCCAAUCUUGCCCCAUUAAUCACCUGA